ACAGACCAGAAAUGAAGUGGCUGUGGGGCUGGGGUGGCCUUGCUAAACCCCUCUGGAGCCUGUCUUCUUACCUAUAAGGUAGGAGAUGUAUUGGGGCCCUGCUAAUAUCAUGGGGCUAAUGUGAAAUUCAGAAAAGACUGCAUUCCAUUAAGGAACAGUUAAUGAGAGCCUACAAUGUGGCAGUAGGUUGGUGCUGAGGACACUGAGAUAAAGGGUAUAUGAAUCGCCAACAUUCAUAUAGCAGUCACUAUGUACCAGGCAUUAAUCACUUUACAUAUAAACUAGUAAAUCAAUCCUCACAACAACCCUAAAAAGUAGGUACCAUUGUCAUCCCCAGUUUAUAGAUGAAGAAACUGAAGCAUGGAGAGGCUAAGUAACUUGCCCACUAUCAUACAGUCAGGUAGCAGCAGAGCUGAGAUGUGAACCAGGUGGUAGGGCUCCAGAGUGUGUGCUCUUAAUCGCCACAUGAUACUGCUCCUCAGAACGCUCCCACUCCAGGGGGCAGAACAGACACAUAAUUCUGAGACCAGCAAAACAAGUUUGAGAAGGGUCAGCGUGGGACCUGUUCCUGAAGGGCGAGUUUUAAAGGAUGAGUUAGUUGGUGAGUGGAGAAGGUAGUCUGUAGAGGUCCAAAAAGCAGGCACAAGUACAGAGAGCUUCAGGUCUUCAGGCUGGGUGGAGCAGGGAGUGGAGGAGGGAUGGAGAGCUGAGCCUGGAGCCGUGGGCAAGGGCCUGAUGAACAGCUUGGGAGUAUUAGGCUGAGACUGUACUGUCUUGAAAACAUGGGGGAUCACUCAAGGAUUUUAACAGGAGAGUGACUGGAUCAAACUCCUGCUGCAUUCAGGUUAUUCUAAUUAAGUGGAGACAAUGGGACCACACUGGGGACCAAAGAUGAGGCUAAUGUGAAGGUAUAAACCACGGAAACCUAGUACUACUUGACUGUUAGGAGCAGUGGUGACGCAGGUGCUCCCAGAACCAGCAAUGCCAGGCUAGGGAGUUUUGAGCCCACUCCAAGAACAAUGGGAACCUCCCAAGGGCCCCUUUCCAGGGUUAUCUGCCCCAGAUCGCUGGAGACAGCCUGCAGACGAAAACCCCAGGGAGAUGCAGAGGUGCUUCCAACUAGAGAUUCCUCCAGACCAGCUCCUCUGAGGGAAACCAAGGAGUACUGCAAUCUGAGCGCUUCUCCGGAGGCUCGGGCUCUUUAGGAGACUAGAGAACAUGAGUGAAUUGAAGCAGAGUCCGAAAGAAGCCAGCCUGAUGGACUUAAGAAGGUGGCUGGCUGCCUGAGGUUCUGAGUUCAGAGUUCUGAGGCCCAACCCAAGUAUUUUACAAGAAUAAUAAAAAUAAAAACGAUGCAGGCCAGCUCUGGCUCCAGGACCAAGGAAAUUAGAUACAUGGAGAUAACCAAAGAAUAACGAAAGGCAACCAGUCCAGGAUAUAGGGGAGAGAGAAUGUGUUCUAAAGCAAGCAAUGGAAAAGAGAAAAGGGCCCUCAAAAGGAAAACAAUGAGAAACUGUCUUGAUUGUACUUGUAAGAAAUGACUGUGCAGUUAAUACUAUUUUUUUGAACCCUGACAUUCAGAGUCAGUCACCUGGCCCACAGUGGAUGCUUAAUAACAGGUGUGGAAUAAAUUGGCUGCUACUUGCCCGGGCAGUGGGCCAGACUCAUAAACAUAGUGACCAUUCAGAAUCCCGCAACGUUCAUGUUUUCGUAUAUUAGCGGUGGAAAAUAAUAGGAACAAGGCGAGACCUGGACUUCAGUCCCAGCUCUGCCACUAAGUGGCUUGGCUGUACAGCCCUGGGCCAGUCCUCUCAACUCUUCCACAGGCUUCGUCUGUGUAAUGGGGAUAACGAUCCCUACCUCUAGCAGGCGCCCUGGAGGACCUGGAACGCGCGGUGGAGCUGAGCGGCGGCCGGGGCCGCGCCGCCCGCCAGAGCUUUGUGCAGCGCGGACUCCUGGCGCGGCUGCAGGGCCGAGACGACGACGCCCGCAGGGAUUUCGAGAGGGCGGCACGGCUGGGCAGCCCCUUCGCGCGGCGCCAGCUGGUGCUGCUCAACCCCUACGCCGCGCUGUGCAACCGCAUGCUGGCCGACAUGAUGGGGCAGCUGCGCCGCCCCCGCGACAGCCGCUGAGCGCUGCUGGCCCGCGCGUCCGUGGGCGAGGGGACGGGAGGGGGCCCUGAACCAAUAAAGCCGUCGGGCCUAACCAACUCCGCCUGCUCCUGCGUCCUGCCCGCGCCCGGAGGGAAGGGCACGCGGGGGCACUCUGUGCGUGGGGCCUCUCGGCGCGGGCUAGGGACCAGCCAGGCGGGUGGUGAGCCGCGACCGCCCACCUGCCGGGGGAGGGCCUGUGGGGCCAGUGUUCGGGCAUCGAUUGGCCCUGCCUGGCUCAGCCCCCGCCCUUGCAGCGGACUGCGGUGCUCAUUAGACCUGAGCAGUUGCUCCGGCAGCGGUCGGGGAAGGAGCCAGCAGCCUGGGGCCCAGGCCCGGGCCACCAUGGCGCUGCCUCCAGGCCCAGCCACCCUCCGGCACACACUGCUGCUCCUGCCAGCCCUUCUGAGCUCAGGUUGGGGGGAGUUGGCGCCACAAAUAGAUGGUCAGACCUGGGCUGAGCGGGCGCUUCGGGAGAAUGAACGCCACGCCUUCACCUGCCGGGUGGCAGGGGGGCCUGGCACCCCCAGAUUGGCCUGGUAUCUGGACGGACAGCUGCAGGAGGCCAGCACCUCAAGACUGCUGAGCGUGGGAGGGGAGGCCUUCUCUGGAGGCACCAGCACCUUCACUGUCACUGCCCACCGGGCCCAGCAUGAGCUCAACUGCUCCCUGCAGGACCCCAGCAGUGGCCGAUCAGCCAACGCCUCUGUCAUCCUCAAUGUGCAAUUCAAGCCAGAGAUUGCCCAAGUCGGCGCCAAGUACCAGGAAGCUCAGGGCCCAGGCCUCCUGGUUGUCCUGUUUGCCCUUGUGCGUGCCAACCCGCCUGCCAAUGUCACCUGGAUCGACCAGGAUGGGCCAGUGACUGUCAACACCUCUGACUUCCUGGUGCUGGAUGCGCAGAACUACCCCUGGCUCACCAAUCAUACAGUACAGCUGCAGCUCCGCAGCCUGGCGCACAACCUCUCGGUGGUGGCCACCAAUGAUGUGGGUGUCACCAGUGCCUCACUUCCAGCCCCAGGGCUUCUGGCUACCCGGGUGGAAGUACCACUGCUGGGCAUUGUUGUGGCUGCUGGGCUUGCCCUGGGCACCCUCGUGGGGUUCAGCACCUUGGUGGCCUGCCUGGUCUGUAGGAAAGAGAAGAAAACCAAAGGCCCCUCCCGGCGCCCAUCUCUUAUAUCAAGUGACUCCAACAACCUAAAACUCAACAACGUGCGCCUGCCACGGGAGAACAUGUCCCUCCCGUCCAACCUUCAGCUCAAUGACCUCACUCCAGAUUCCAGAGCAGUGAAACCAGCAGACCGGCAGAUGGCUCAGAACAACAGCCGGCCAGAGCUUCUGGACCCGGAGCCCGGCGGCCUCCUCACCAGCCGAGGUUUCAUCCGCCUCCCAAUGCUGGGCUAUAUCUAUCGAGUGUCCAGCGUGAGCAGUGAUGAGAUCUGGCUUUGAGCCGAGGGCGAGACAGGAGUAUUCUCUUGGCCUCUGGGCACCCUCCCAUUCCUCCAAGGCAUCCUCUGCCUAGCUGUGUCACCAACGUGAAGAGGUCAUGCCACUGCCACUUUUGCUUGCCCUCCUGGCUGGGGUGCCCUCUAUGUCAUGCAUGUGAUGCAUUUCACUGGGCUGUAACCCACAGGGGCACAGGUAUCUUUGGCAAGGCUACCAAUUGGACCUAAGCCCCUCAUGCUGACUCAGGGCGGGCCCUGCAUGUGAUGACUGGGCCCUUCCAGAGGGAGCUCUUUGGCCAGGGGUGUUCAGAUGUCAUCCAGCAUCCAAGUGUGUCAUGGCCCGCUGUAUGCCCACCCCAGUACUCCACAGCACCUUGUACAGUAGGCAUGGGGGCGUGCCUGUGUGGGGGACAGGGAGGGCCCUGCAUGGAUUUUCCUCCUUCCUAUGCUAUGUAUCCUUGUUCCCUCAGGUAAAAUUGAGGACCCUGCUAGCUAUGUAGAACCAAAUUGCCCUUUGUACAGGAACCAACCCCUGGCCCAGGGGCACUGGCCAAGCACAAGUCUUUUUUGCUGCACACCUCUCUGCUCUUGUCUGCCCCUUCCUUCCCCCGCUCCUCCAGAGAAUUCUAGGUUACAUGUUGGACCUUCUCUACUACUUCGCUGGGCACUAGACUUUUCUACUGGCCUGUGCCACCGCUCAGUAUUAGUACAAGUCAGGGAGGAAGAGGCAGGCGAUGAGUCUAGUAGCACCCAGGACGGCUUGUAGCUGUGCAUCAUCUUAUUACAGUGUUAGCACUUUAAGCACAUCCCCUAGGGGAGGGGGUGAGUGAGGGGCCCAGAGCCCUCUUUGUGGCUUCCCCACGUUUGGCCUUCUGUGAUUCACUGUGAGUGUCCUGAGCUCUCGGGAUUGAUGGUUUUCCUCUCAGCACGUCUCCUGCACCAUGGGACCCCAGCCCUGACCAACCCCUGGUUGCCCCAUCAGCAGGAAGGUGCCCUUCCUGGAGGAUGGUCGCCACAGGCACAUAGUUCAGUGUGGAAGCUUUAGGGGGACAUGGAGAAAGGAGGAGACCACAUACCCCAAAACAACCUAAGAACGUUUUAAAAGGCGACCUGUAAAUGAUUGGAAAUUAAUAUGGUACAGAAUAUAUUUUUCCCUUGUUGAGAUCUUCUUUUGUAAUGUUUUUCAUGUUACUGCCUAGGACAGUGCUGAGCACACAGUAAGUUUAAUAAACUUGACUGAAUUAAUUUACA